CACAGUCUAGCAGGACGAGUUGAGAAGUGAAGCGCACUUCGGGUUUUUUUUUUGUGAGUUUACCGACUUCCAGCUCUCCUACCGGGACGCUCGCCCACCGCAUGCCGGCCAAACUGCACUGACCGGCGGCUGGCUCACUUGCUCGCGUCUCGCUGUUAAAAGUUUUCUCUUAAAAACAUGGAUUUCUGGCACCGAUGGACGGACUGAUAUAAGACAAGAAACCCGCUUCUGGCACUUGGAAAUAAGACUUUUUUUUUUUUUUUGUGGUCGAAGAGAGGCGACAUGCAGAAGUUUAAUGCCCGCGGGAGCAGCGCUCUGCCCCGGAUCACUGACAGCGAGGGGGCCGCGGAGGGCAAGGAGAACGGGGCUGGGAAACACUUCCUCGGCCAGGCUGGGGACGAGGAGGAGGAGGAGGAGAGCUCCAUCGGCACCAAGAGGAAGAUGCUCGUCGGUCUGGAUGUAAUAUGCUUGUGUGUCGCCUCCAUCCCAUUCUUUGCGUGCGAGCUGAAGGCCGUGACGCCAUACAGACGGGGAUUCUUCUGGGACGCCAGCAUUACGUAUCCCUACGUGGAGAGGGAGGCUAUCCCGGAUGGCCUGCUCAUCGCUGGGGGUAUCGCCAUCACCGGCCUCACGAUCGCACUGGGCGAGUGUUACCGGGUGCGUUUCCGAGGCGUGCGCUCACGGGCGUUUGUGGCCAACCGCUACGUGUCGUGCUUGUACAAGGAGCUGGGCAGCUUCCUGUUCGGCUGCUGCGUGGGCCAAUCGCUCACCAACAUGGCCAAGCUCAGCGUGGGGCGCCUGCGGCCCAACUUCCUGUCGGUCUGCAACGUCACCUACGCGUCCAUCGGCUGCACGCCGGGCAGCUACGUGUCCCAGGUCACCUGCCGGCAGCCCAGCCAGAAGAUGGUGGAGGAGGCCAGGAAGUCCUUUUUUUUCCGGCCACGCGCCUUCGCCAUGUACACCAUGCUCUAUCUAGCGUUCUACCUGCAGGCCAGGUUGUCAUGGCGAGGGGCCCGGCUGCUGCGGCCCCUGGUGCAGUUCAUCUUGGUGAUGAUCGCCAUCUACACCGGGCUCAGCCGCAUCUCCGACUACCGCCACCACCCCACCGACGUCCUCACGGGCUUCCUUCAAGGCGGCCUCACCGCAUACUGGGUGGCCUUCUACAUCUCCUCCAUGUUCAAGCCUCACACCCGUCCACACCUGACCCCCACCAGCAUGUCCCUGGAGAGUCCUCUGUCCAGCCAGCAGACUGUCUGUUAGCCCGGGGGCUCCCAAGACCACGGACACCACACAAGACCACGGACACCACACAAGACCACGGACACCACACACGUCCAAGCCUCCCAAGACCACGGACACCACACAUGACCAAGCCUCCCAAGACCACGGACACCACACAUGACCAAGCCUCCCAAGACCACGGACACCACACA